AUGUAUUUCGCUUCUAGUGGUGAAGGAGGCCUCAUGUCGCUUAACAUAAACCAGCGAAACCAGGAUGUAGUUAGACGGUACGUUGCCCAGCUUGGGACUACCCUAGCAGGAUGGACAGGAACCAUAAUGCAGCCUGUGACAAACUAUUUAUUCCGCCAGGAUGGUUGUCCCAGUGCCGAUGGUACAUGCCCUAACUCAAACAUCUCCUUUUACCUUUAUACUAGAGAUACUCAAAACUCUCCCCAACGCUUGGACCCGUUAGACUCAGAGACAUUACGACAAGCCAAGUUUGUACAGGGAGUUCCUCUCAAAGUGAUCAUACAUGGAUAUACUGGCAACAAGGACUACUCGCCUAACAUGGAGCUAAGGCCAGCGUACUUCAAGCAUGGAGAGUACAACAUUGUGACAGUAGACUGGAGCCCACUGGCUGCCGAGCCGUGCUACUGGGAGGCGGCACACAAUGUGGACACUGUGGGCCACUGCGCUGCGGAAUUCUUGGACCUUCUGUACCAGACACGCAGCGAUAUCAGUGUUAACAACACACACAUCGUGGGGUUCAGUCUCGGAGCACACACUGCCGCCACAGUCGCCUCCAACCUCAAGUCUGGCAAAGUGCCGAGACUAACAGGAUUGGAUCCAGCUCUCCCAUUAUUCGACGACUGGACCAACUCACUGGCAUCCCUGAUUGACCCUGGGGACGCAAUGUUUGUGGACGUGUACCACAGCAAUAUGGGACACAAGGGCAAGAAGGCGGUGGGUGGAACCAUCGAUGUCUACCUCAACAAUGGCGCCAACCAGCCUGGUUGUAACUGCAACCGCAGUUGUGACCACGUAAGAGCAGUUGAGUAUUUUGCCGAGUCAAUCACUUCACCUGUGGGCUUGUGGGGCUUUGCCUGCUGGAGUUGGAACUUCUACACCAAUGGCUUCUGUAAAGUGUCCAACACAGAAGAACUAAUUCUGCUGGGGGAACCCAUCUCUCCUGAGGAACAUGGAGUUUACAUGGCAUUCACAAACUACUCGUCUCCAUUCCUUCUCCCUCCCUCAGUGUACGUCGAGGACGACAACAUCACAGAAAAGAUUGAUGUUAGUUGUAGUUGGGUUUAA